AUGGAAUGCCAAAAAAUUGCUUCGGACUUCGCCAGCAUCCUGGAGGAGCUUACUUGCAAUUCUAGGCCAAUCAUCACAACACUCACGAAGACAGCGGAGGAAAACAUUGCGUGUGCUCAGCAAAUCGUGGAUCUCAUAGAAAAACGCAUUGAGCGCUGCGUGCCAAAUCAUAAGCUAUAUGCCUUUUAUGUUCUAGAUUCCAUCUGCAAAAAUGCAGGAUCACCCUACACCAUUUAUUUUAGUCGAAAUCUUGCCAAGCUGUACAAACGUGCCUAUCUUUUAGUCGACAAUCAAACACGUUCAAGUCUCAUUCGACUGUUCCAAACAUGGCUCCACCAUAGUACCAACUCUAUGGGUGAUUUGUUAUUUGGCAAAGAAGCACUCGAUGCUAUAGAGCAAUUUUUGAUCAAGGCCAGCUCACUGCACCAAAAAAAAGCCUCUCCUCCAUCUGUUCCUGGUCUUCUGCGUGAAAUUGAUAAGCUAGCGCUGCUUACGAGGGAACGCCUAUCUCAAAAUCCCCAAGAUUCACGGUUGAGUACCAAACUGAUGGUACUCAAGCAGCUCAAGCAGGAACUAGAACGCGAAUCAUUGGCUCCGCAGGCUCUACAACAAGUUCAAGCACAACUACGAAAGAUAUUUGCACAGGAACAACAGGUAUUGCAGAAACAGCAACAACAAGCACAACAAUUACGACAGCAGCAAAAACCUCAAAGCGGUAACCAAUUUGUACAGUCUCCGAGCGUUCCGCCAUCCCAAAAUCAAACACCUACCUCUGUGAGUCCAGAAGGCACGCCCCUAUUUGGCUCUUCUUCUCUCUCAUCUUCUUUCUUCCUCAAUGCGGGCAAUGUAUUUCCACCCUCUGAGCCCUCACGAUCAUCCAAUCGCGCUCAAAUGCUUUACGACUCGCUCAACAAAGAAGGCUUGAUUGGCUCGAUACCACAGCAAUCAGUAGUAACCCUAGAUCGCAUGCUGUCAAAAAAUACAAGCGAAUCCUACAAAUCCAGUUUGCCGCCAUUAAAGUUACUAAGAGAUAUACUGGGAGAUGUGAAGUCUUACUUUACCGGUCACGGUAUCGAACUGUUGAAUGUUCCAAAUCUACAACUCUGCCAACAGACUGUCAUUGAGGAUAAUGCAGCUGUAGAUCAGCUCCGCAGUUUAUUAUACCGGUACAAACCAAACAAGUGCAGCACCUGCGGGAAACGAUUUGGCGUCUCCGAAGACGAGAAAAGGCAGGAAAGAGAUCACUUGGAUUGGCACUUUAGAAUUAGCAAGAGAAUCAAGGGAAGUUCUGGAGCAAAUGGCGCUGCAGUUAAGAACAUCCAGUCCAGAAACUGGUAUCUCGAUGAUGUACAGUGGCAGCAAUUCAAAGAUGAGGAAAUUGUCUCAACUACAAGGUCAGAGAAUGACGUUGUGACCUUAGCCAAGUUAGACACCGGAUCAGUGAGUGAUAAUUUGGGGCCAAACUCUCCUAGUAAAACUUUGUUGUCUGCCGAAGAUGAAUCAAGCUGGGCAAAAAGACGCGUGGCUGUUCCUGAAUCAACACAAGAAAUGUCCUUUCAAUGCCCUAUUUGUCGUGAUAUUCAGUCGGCAGUUUAUGACGACGAAACUGGAGAAUGGGUUUGGACAAAUUGCGUCGAGUCUCAAGGCAAGUAUUUCCACUCUACCUGCUUCCACGAAACUGUAAGAGACGCCCCACAACAGGCCCUUCACCACGGGCUGGAACGUUUGAAAGGACUUGCAGGAUAA